GUUUGUAAUUACUUCAGCUUUCUCUAGCUCUGAUAUGAUCUGUAUUCUUCUAAGUACCUGAUCUCCGCUCACUCUCGUCUCGUCAUAUGGGCGCUAUCGUAAACGUGAGACAGUAUGUGCUUUAUCUCAUGGCCACGCGGUAGUGUGUUGACGAGGCACGAGGUAUGGCGACGGUGCAUGCGUAUGGUGACUAGGGUUGAAGACUUGAAGAUCGACCUCGAUAAGCUCAACCCUACAAUCUGGAUGUCCGACUCGUGCCCGCCUGUUCCAUUCUUCGGCGUGUUCGCCUAAUGCAUCAUGCGGGAGAACACGCUGUCGUCUUCAAGACAUGCCCAUCAGAAAGUUUCAUUGCUUCGACGUCGGCGCUGAAGGAUUUCUCUGGAAAGCGCGGCUA